AUGCCAUAUGUGUAUCCAGUCCAUAGUGAACACAUCCUGGUGAUCUCAUUUCCAACGAUUAGCCACACCCGUAGUCUGAUCCAAUUACUCGACUCGGUGACGCAAACGUAUAACCACACCGCCACAGUCAUCACCACAACUAUGGUAGCCAACGAUGUGAAACUCCAGUUUGGUCCGGCAGUCGACAUCGUUAUUUCAAGUGUUCUAGAUGAGGCAGACUUUGUUGGUAAAAAUGCAAAAGUAGCCAGAGAAAUAUGUGUUUUAAAAGAAGCUGGAAUCAUAAACGUUCUGGGGCUAUUUGAUUUAGUAACAUUUUGCAAUGAUUUCCAUAAUGAAGCAGAACUUUUGAAACAUCUCAAAAACAGAAACUUUGACUUGGCUAUAGUGGACAACGUGCCCAUAGCAGAAUGCUUUGCGUCACUUGCUUAUAAGCUUGGGUUGCCGUAUAUAAAUUUUGGAAUUAAUUAUGAUCCUGUAAGAAUGCGGAUUCCUUUUUCUCCGGCAUCGAUAUCGCCACAUCGACGUUUAGUCAUAGGCGACAAACUGGAUUUCCUCGAAAGGAUGCAGAGUGUGUUUACAUCGAUUGUAUUGGAGCUGGCGCCAAGCUACCUGUUGCCAAUCACAAAUGUAGCCAAGUAUGUGUCAGGUGGUUCACCAAUAACUGGAAAUCAACUGAUGUCGAAAGCGUCUUUUCAUUUGAUAACGUUGGAUUUUCUCAUCGACUAUCCCCAACCGUCCUUGCCGCAUGUCGCGUUUGUUGGAGGUAUGAAUACCAAGCCAUCUGAACCUUUACCUGAAAUAUUUCAGGAAUUCUUGGAUUCCAGUGUCGACGGUGCUGUAAUCGUGUCAUUAGGAGCUGGGUUCAAUGGUUUCCCAAACGAACGUAUAAACACUUUCAUAAGAGCUUUCAAAAGACGCCCUGAAAUACAUUUUAUCAUAAAACAUAGCGUUUCAGAGUACAGAGAGGACAAUGUCAUGGUUUCACCGUGGAUACCACAGAAUGACCUAUUAGGUCACCCAAAGAUAAUCGCCUUCAUGACACAUUGUGGAAAACACAGUCAAUUUGAAGCUUUGUAUCAUGGCGUUCCAAUGAUAGGAUUUCCGCUUUGUCAUGACCAAUACUACAACUGUGAACGUAUGAAAGAGAAAGGUUAUGGAUUUGUACUAAAUUUCUGCUCGUUUACUGUCAACGAUAUCGAAGUAGCUUUAGAAACGGUUAUUACCCAGAAAAACUUCCAAUACAAUAUAAGGAACGCUUCGCAGGUAUUCCAUAGUCGAUCUGAUACUCCACUACAGCGGGCUUCCUAUUGGAUAGAUCAUAUUAUCCGAUAUGGAGAUAAGUUUGUCCACUCGUACUCAUCAGACAUGCCAUGGUACCAGUACUACCUUCUGGACAUACUGCUGGUGGUGGGAAUGAUGUUUGGGGCAGUUGUUUAUUUCACAGCUUUCUUGUUUCACAAACUUAGAUACAUUUUUGGUCAACUUAACAAAAGAGUGUUAGAUAAAAUAAAAACUAACUAA